CAACCAGAAUUCUUUAUUUAAAAAUUAAGAUACAAUUUACAUACACACAAUUCACCCAUAUAAAGUAUAUGAUUCAGCCAACUGUCAUCACUAUCCAUUUUACAAUAUUUUCAUUUCAGUGUAGUCCAACCAUCACCACUAUUCAUUUUAGAAUAUUUUCAUUACUCUACCAGAAAACCCUGUGCCCCUUAGCUGUCACUCUCCAAUUCUCCUGCCUCCUCUCCAACCUUAGGCAACCUCUAGUCUGCUUUCUAUCUGUACACAUUUGCUUAUUCUAGACACUCAUGUAAAUGGCAUCAUAUAAUAUGUAGUCUAUUGUGACUGGCUUCUUUCAUUUAGCACAGUGUUUUCCAUGUUUGCUCAUGUUGUACCAUGUAUCGAUACUUCAUUUCUGUUUCUUGCCAAAUAAUACUUCAUUGUACAGAUAUGUAACUUUUGUUUUUACCUAUUCAUCAGUUGAUGGACAUUUGGGUUAUUUCUACUUCUUGACAAUUAUGCUGCCAUAAACAUUAUGUACAAGUUUUUGUGAGGACUAUGUUUUCAUUUAUUUUGGGUAUAUACCUAGGUAUGGAAUUGUUGGGUCAUAUGGUCUCUCCGUUUAGCCAUUUGAGGAACUGCCAGACAUUUUUCCAAGAUAGCUGCACUGUUGUACAUCACCAGUGGUGUCUGAGGAUUCCAAAUUCUCCUCACUAACACUUGUUUUUUAAAAAAUUAUGGUGGGUGUGAAGUCAUUGUGGUUUUGAUGUGCAUUUCCCGGAUGGCUAAUAAUGUUGAGCAUCUUUUCAUAUGAUUAUUGAUCAUUCAUAUAUCUUUUUUGGAGAGCUGUAUAGUAUAUUCAAAUCUGUUUUCCAUUUUAAAAUUCGGUUAUUUAAAUUAUGAUAGUUCUUUACAUAUUCUAGAUAGCCUUUUAUCAAAUAUAUCAUUUAUAAACAUUAUUCCACAUUCUGUGGAUUGUAUGCCACCAGAAUUCUUUUCCAAAAUGAUACAAACUCUUGAAAAGGGUCUGGCUGUUUCACAUAAAACCAAACAUUGAUGUACCCUAUAAACGAGACAUUCUAUUUAUAGAUAUUUACCCAAGAGAAAAGGAAACAUAUGUCUACAAAAGAUUUACACAAGAAUGUUUACAGCAGCCUUACUCAUAAUAGCCCCAACUGGCAACAGCCCAGGAAUCUAUCAGGAGGAGCAUAGAUCAGUAAACUAUGGGGUAUUCAUAUAGUGAAAUACUACUCAGUAAUAAAAUGGAGGAAACUACUGAUACACACGAUAUGGACAUUUUGCUAAGUGGAAAAUGCUAUACACAAAAAGCGCACACUGUAUGAUUCCAUUUUAUAUGAAUUUUCAGAAAAUGCAAAACUAACUGAUGGUAGAGAAAAAUCAGACUGGGUGCAGUAUUUAACACCUGUAAUCCUAGCACUUUGGGAGAUUGAGGCGGGGAGAUCUCUUGAGCCCAGGAGUUGGAGGCCAGCCUGAGUAACAUGGCAAGACCCUAUCUCGCAAAAAAAAAAAAAAAUACAAAAAUUAGCUGGGUGUGGUGGCAUGUGCCUGUAGUCCCAUCUACUUGGGAGGAUUGCUUGAGCCCAGGGAGGUUGAAGCUGCAGUCAGCUAUGAUUGUGGCACUGUACUGUAGCCUGGGUGAUAGAGUGAGACCCUGUCUCAAAACAAACAGUGGUUCUCGAGACAGAACAGUGGUUGCUUCUGGGGUGGGGAAGGCAGUGGUAGGCAGAGAAUGUCUGGAAAAUCGCGAGAGGAAACUUUUUGGGGUGAUGACAAUGGUUUAUAUCUAAGGAAUUUUGGUUACACAAGUGUAUACAUUUGUCAGUGAAUGUACACUUAAGAUUUGUGCAUUUCGUUGUAUGUAAAUUUUGUCUCAAAAGGGAAAAUAAGUAAACAAAUAUUUAACUCUAGAUAAUAAGACGCAUGCCAUAUUUUGGGAGAAGUAAAACGAUGCUUGUAAUUAACUUUGAAAUGCAUUUAAAAAUAAGGUAUUUGGGAUAAGGAAUAAAGCAAGAUAAAAUGUAAAUCUAGGUAGAAUCUAUGUGGUGAGCACAUAGGUGUUUGCUUUAAAUUUUUAUAAUUUUGCUAUAUGUUUGAAAAUCUUCAAAAUAGAAUGUUAAGAUAAUUUUCUUUAAAGGACUAAGGUUUCUAGAGCUGGAAGCCAGAAGAUGAUAGCAUCAUUAGAAGAAAUAGAGAAUUUAGGAAUAGGAAGGACAGCUUGGUGGAAGGUGUGGCAUAACUGACAGGUCUUGAUACCUACGAGGUCCUAAGUAAUUUAUGCACAUAUUUCUGUCUGUAUUUCAAUGGAUCUUCACAAAUACCUCUAAUCAUCAGCACAUCCAUUUUCAGAUGAGAAAAUGGAGGUUCUGAAAAGCUAUAUAAUUUGCUCAAGGUCAUUAAACUAUUAGUGUGCUAGGGGUAGGACGGAUUACAUAAUUUGCAGGCCUAGUGUAAAAUGAAAAUUUGUGGUUCCUUGUUCAAAAAUUAUUAAUAGCACAGCAUUAAAACAAGCACAGGGCCCUUCUAACGAUGAGGCCUUGUGAGACUCAGGUUUCACACACAUGAAGCUAGGGUGGCAAGGAAGAUUUGAAUCUCGGUCUGUCUAACAGGAAAGCCCAUGCUUUUUCCAGUAAACCAUGCUAGGUCAAAUGACUCGUUCAUUUCUGUGCGCAGUGAAUGAGGCAUGAUGGUGAUGUCAGAUGGUGAUGUCCUGUAGCCAGUUAAAAACCAAAUUGCACGUAAGGAGUUCCUCUGUGAUGUCUGUUGUCUGUCCUCUUCUCAGUGGGCAUUUGGUUAUUACAUUUGACCUAGGUUAGCAGCGUAAUUUUUGAUCAAAGUCUCAACAGUGUAUCUCUUUAAAUAUCAAGGUACUAAGAAUAACUCCUUUCAUGUGUCCUCUCUGAAAUUUGUCACCGGAUUUCUUCUUUCUGAUAAAUGUGUCAAUACUUAAUAGUGGCGAUGAAAUGUCUUCUGCUAGACAUCUGGGUGGAUCUGGAAGCAGAGGAACGUUUUCCUCAAUUUAACAGCGGAUCCUAGUAGUUGAGUUAAAUGUUGGUUUCAUUUAAGACUAAGCUACUUUCUGAAUGUAAUUAUGCUUUCACUGAUAACAGCAACUUUUACUUUAGUUGGGAAGACAUAUCUAUUAUGUCUUAAUCAGACAACUCUUGUCUGUCUUUGAGGAAGAGUGGGGGAUCUGUAACUUUUCCCAAGAAAAAUGAAAAUGUCUCAAUCCUAAUAUUAAAGGAAUUCGGCUGUAUUGGGUUAGGAAUGAAUAAACUACACCGAUGUCCUUUAUCAACUGUAAUUCCUCUACUUGAGUCUCAAAGAAUACUAAGUUUACGUUUUAAUAAAAAAUUAAUAAAAUUCCAGAAAAGUCUUUCACAUCAGUCCCUGCUGGUCAAAUUGGCAGGCCAAGCCUAGACAACAGGUUGCACUUUGGGCUAAGACAGCCUCUAGAGGGCAAUCUCCUUUCCUGCGAAUCCGCCCUAGUCCGCUCUAUCCUCCCUCUCCCCGCUCCGCCUCAGCUCGCUCUCCGCCUUCUCCCUGGCCCCAUCCCCGAUCCCAGGCCCGCCCCGCACCGGUCCCAUCUCCCUGCCUCUCUCUCAACUAUUUCCUCCAGGCGUCGUUCUUGCCCCGCCCCUCCCCGCCGCGUAGCGGAAACGGUCGCUCUGGCUUCCUGGAGGACUUGUCAUCUGUGCCCGGCGGCGCAGGACGGCGGUGGGCGGGGCUCACGCGAGGCGCUGGAACGGUCCAGGCGGUUAUCGCUCCGCUGUUUUAGCUUCGGAGUGUUUGGCGAUGGGGCAGCGGGAGGUGUGGAGGAUCAUGUCGAGGUUUAAUGCAUUCAAAAGGACUAAUACCAUACUGCACCAUUUGAGAAUGUCCAAGCACACAGAUGCAGCAGAAGAUGUGCUAUUGGAAAAAAAAGGUUGUGCGGGAGUCAUAACACUAAACAGACCAAAGUUCCUCAAUGCACUGACUCUUAAUAUGAUUCAGAAGAUUUAUCCACAGCUGAAGAAGUGGGAACAAGAUCCUGAAACUUUCCUGAUCAUUAUAAAGGGAGCUGGAGGAAAGGCUUUCUGUGCUGGGGGUGAUAUCAGAGUGAUCUCGGAAGCUGAAAAGGCAAAACAGAAGAUAGCUCCAGUUUUCUUCAGAGAAGAAUAUAUGCUGAACAAUGCUGUUGGUUCUUGCCAGAAACCUUAUGUUGCACUUAUUCAUGGAAUUACAAUGGGUGGGGGAGUUGGUCUCUCAGUCCAUGGGCAAUUUCGAGUGGCUACAGAAAAAUGUCUUUUUGCUAUGCCAGAAACUGCAAUAGGACUGUUCCCUGAUGUGGGUGGAGGUUAUUUCUUGCCACGACUCCAAGGAAAACUUGGUUACUUCCUUGCAUUAACAGGAUUCAGACUAAAAGGAAGAGAUGUGUACAGAGCAGGAAUUGCUACACACUUUGUAGAUUCUGAAAAGUUGGCCAUGUUAGAGGAAGAUUUGUUAGCCUUGAAAUCUCCUUCAAAAGAAAAUAUUGCAUCUGUCUUAGAAAAUUACCAUACAGAGUCUAAGAUUGAUCGGGACAAGUCUUUUAUACUUGAGGAACACAUGGACAAAAUAAACAGUUGUUUUUCAGCCAAUACUGUGGAAGAAAUUAUUGAAAACUUACAGCAAGAUGGUUCAUCUUUUGCCCUAGAGCAAUUGAAGAUUCUUGCUCUGUCACCCAGGCUGGAGUGCAAUGGUGUGAUCUUGGCUCACUGCAACCUCCACCUCCCAGGUUCAAGCAAUUCUCCUGCCUCAGCCUCCCGAGUAACUGGGAUUACAGGUGCCCGCCACCAUACCUGGCUAAUUUUUGUAUUUUUUAGUAGAGAUGGGGUUUCACCAUAUUAGUCAGUCUGGUCUUGAACUCCUGACCUCAGUUGAUCCACCCGCCUUGGCCUCCCAAAGUGCUGGGAUUACAGGUGUGAUUGUUUUAAUUUUAUAUAAAUGAAAUUGUAUCAUUUUGUGUCUAGUUUCUUUUGCUCAGCAUUAUAUUUGUGAGAUUCAUCCAGAUUGUACUUACAUGACAGUAGUUUGUUCAUUCUAAGAUGCUCCGUUGUUUGAUGUAUUGCAGUUCACUUAUUCAUUUCUACUGUUGGACAUUUGAAGUUAUUUGUAGGAUUUUACUGUUAGAGUUAAUCCUGCUGUGAACAGUUUUGGCCUUGUGGUAACAUAGACACACAUUUCUAUGGGUUAUAUACCCAGAAGUAGUGCUGUAAAAUCAUCAGGUAGCUGUAUAUUCAUCUUCGGUAGUUACUGUUAAAUAAUUUUCUCAUAUAGUUGUUAUCAGUUUACAUUCAAGUACUAGUUGCUCCGCAUUCUCACCAGCAUUUUGUUGUUGUUGUUGUUGUUUUUGAGAUGGAGUUUCACUCUUGCUGCCCAAGCUGGAGUGCAAUGGCGCAAUCUCAGCUCACUCCAAGCUCCACGUCCCAUGUUUAAGCUAUUCUCCUGUCUCAGCCUCCCAAGUAUCUGGGAUUACAGGCAUGUGCCACCACUCCUGGCUAAUUUUGCAUUUUUAGUAGAGUUGGAGUUUCACCAUGUUGGCCAGGCUGGUCUCUAACUCCUAACCUCAUGUGAUCCACCUGCCUCGGCCUCCCAAAGUGCUGGGAUUACAGGCGUGACCCACCAUACCCAGCCCAACAUUUGAUAUUGUCUUUUUCAUUUUAAUCUUUCUGGGAUAUAUAAAAUAGCAUGACAUUAUGGUUUUAAUUUGCAUUUCCAUGAUGAUUAAUGAAGUUGAACACCAUUUCAUAUAUUUAUCGUCCAUGUGGGUAGUCUUUCUUAUGAAGUUCCUGUUAAAUCUUUAUGAUUAAUUUGUAGGAAUCCUCCUGGAUGUAAAUCCUUUGUCUGAUAAUACAUAUUGCAUGUAUUAUCCUCUGUAUUCAUCUCUUUUCACGCUGCUGAUAAAGACGUACCCCAGACCAGGCAAUUUACAAAAGAAAGAAGUUUAAUGGACUUAUAUUUCAAUGAGGCUGGGGAACCUCAAAAUUAUGGCAGAAGGCAAGGAGGAGCAAGUCACGUGGAAGAGAGAGCUUGUGCAGGGAAACUCCUUUUUAUAAAACCAUCAGAUCUUGUGAGACUUAUUCACUAUCAUGAGAACAGCAUGGGAAAGAUCUGCCCAUAUGAUUCAGUUACCUUUCACUGGGUCUCUCUCACAACACGUGGGAAUUUAAGAUGUGAUUUGGGUGGGGACCACAGCCAAACCAUAUCAGCUUCUUUUCUGUGACUUGCCUUUUCUCUCUCAGUGAUGUCAUUUGAUGAACAGAAAAUGUUAAUUUUAAUGUAAUCCAGCUUAUCCUUUUUUCCUUUAUAGUUCUUUUAUAUCCUUUUUAAGAAAUCACUGUUCCUCCAAGUUUUUAAGGAAUAAAAGAUGUUACA